GAGGGGGCGGGUCAGUACCGUCUCUUUACUCCGUACAGGCGCCGCCCACCUCCGCCAGACAAAGCCGGAGGUCCCGGGAGACAGAGCUGUACCGGGAGACGUAGGACACCGCGGAGGGUGGGUGACCGUCUAUAGAAACUGGAGAACCCCUCCCCCGCUCUUCUGAGAGAGAGAGGUCCCUGCCCCCAUCCAAAAUCCUUUUGAUUGUGUUUAGACUGAGCAGCAGGAUCCUGAUCCUCAGCACGCCAUCGCUUUCCCUCCUGGGCUCUGCCUCCUUCCUCAGCGUAAAUGCGGUACGGACCCAAAAUGAUGCCGAUGUUUCUUACGGUCUAUCUCAGUAACAAUGAGCAACAUUUUACAGAGGUUCCCGUUACUCCAGAGACCACCUGCAGAGAUGUGGUGGAGCUUUGUAAGGAGACCGGAGAGUUGGAGUGCCAUUUGUCCGAACUUUGGCGUGGUUCAGAACGUCCUGUAGCAGAUAAUGAACGGAUGUACGAUGUUCUGCAGAAGUAUGGGAUACACUGGAAUGAAGCUCGGUUCUUUCUGCGCCAUGAGCGUCCGCCAUCUAGAGGGUCAGUUAAUGCACAGAGAACAAGUGAUGCCAACUUAAAGCGGAAUGGCGUGAAAGGCCCCGCAGACAGAACCAUAAUGGAAAAUGGGGUAAACGGUCCCAGAAUGGAUAUGACCCUAGCGGAACUUCAGGAGAUGGCGGCUCGACAGCAGCAGCAGAUAGAAACCCAACAGCUAAUGCUGGCUACAAAGGAACAGCGGCUGAAAUAUCUGAAACAGCAGGACCAGCGCCAGCAGCAGGCCAGCGAGCAAGAGAAGCUGAAACGCUUGAGGGAGAUCGCUGAGAACCAGGAGGCCAAGCUGAAGAAAGUGCGAGCCCUCAAGGGCCAUGUGGAACAGAAGAGGCUUAGCAAUGGCAGAUUAAUGGAGGAGAUCGAGCAAAUGAAUAACGUGUUCCAGCAGAAGCAGAAGGAGCUGAUGGUAGCUGUGUCUAAAGUGGAGGAGCUAAAUAGACAGCUGGAGAUGCUAAAGAACGGGCGCAUCGAGGGUUACCAUGACAACCAGUCAGCAGUCGCUGAACUUGACCGGCUAUACAAAGAGCUGCAGUUGAGGAACAAGCUGAACCAAGAACAGAAUGCCAAGCUGCAGCAGCAGAGAGAGAGCCUGAACAAGCGCAACUCGGAGGUGACCGCAAUGGACAAACGCGUCAACGAGCUCCGAGAUCGUCUCUGGAAGAAGAAGGUGGCCCUGCAGCAGAAGGAGAAUGUACCAAUUUCAUCUGAUGGGAAUCUGCCUCAGCAGGUAGCGCCUACUGGCAGCAGAGUGGCAGCCGUCGGUCCUUACAUUCAGUCCGCCACCAUGCCACGUAUGCCGUCCAGACCCGAGCUGCUCGUUAAACCUGCCUACACGGAGGGACCCACUCCCGCACAAGUACCAGAUGUGACACUGAAGUCCCAGACCCUUCCCAACAUGAAGACUGCUCAGGGCAAGGCGCAAUCUGGCACCGGGGUCCACAGCAUUAAAUCCCAGCAGGCUGGCACUGAUUGGAGCGCUGUUAAUGGCGAGAGUCAAAACGCAGCGAAAGGCUCUGUGAUUACCAGCGGAAAAGCUACAGACGCAGACCCCUCAGCACGGGACAAGGAUAAGAAGACCAGACCCAAUUCUAUGUUUGAUUCUGUUCAGCCUCCUCCCGGUCCCCCCAACUUUGGCACUUUAAGAAAAAAUCAGAGUAGUGAAGAUCUUCUGAGAGAUGUUCAGACGGCAAAUAAGAACACAGCAAAAGUUCCACCACCUGUUCCUUCCAAACCAAAACAGAUCAACUUGCCUUACUACAGUCAAGCUCCCCAGCCUGCUGCAGCUGACACAAAGACGGACGUAGCCCCACCAAAGCCUACACCGACUUACGCUGCAAACAAACAGAAAUUAUCUGUUCAGCAGAGGCUGUCUGUGCCUUCCAGCCAGGAACUUCCACCACCCGCCAAGUUGGAUAAUCCCCCUGCAGUGGCAGUUCGUCCGUUCACUCCUCAGCCGGCCAAAGACCCGCCAGUGCCGCAGUUCAACAAACCUCAGAUGGUGGCUGCUAGUUCUAUCUACUCUAUGUACACAAAGCAGCAGACUCCUGGGAAGAACUACAGUGUACAGAGUGCCCUCGGCAGAGCUCAGACACGGCCUCAGUUUUCCAGUGUUUAUGGUAAACCAGUCAUUGGUGGUGCAUCAGCUCAGAACCAGCAGAACGGCAGUCUACAUAUAGAUGGCACCUUAGUAGAUGGACAGAAAUCCAGCAGUCCAGAACCAGACUCUGAGACACCGGCAGCCAGCAGUGAAAACCAGGAGACCGAAAGGAUUCCCCGUCCCCUCAGCCCCACCAAACUGCUGCCAUUUUUAUCCAACCCAUACCGUAACCAGAGCGACGCAGAUUUGGAGGCUCUAAGAAGGAAACUGUACAACGCCCCCAGGCCGCUAAAGAAACGUAGCUCCAUAACCGAGCCAGAAGGACCCAAUGGGCCAAACAUUCAAAAGCUUCUGUAUCAGAGGACUACCCUGGCUGCCAUGGAGACCAUCUCUGCCCCCAAGCAGACCCCUGUGACGCCGAUCUCUGAGAGCUCCGCAGAGACUCAAGGUUUGCAAGUCUCCACAGACAUACAGGAUGAACCCCCCUCAGAAGAUUCUUCUUCUCUGCAUGUCUUGGAUAUUCUCCCACCUGAAGAGGAUGUUGGCAUGUUCUCCGAGGACAUAGACAUUCCUUCACCGGAGCUAGGCCCAGACAGUAUUCCUGAGGGAAUCCCCUUUCCAGGUCUGCCAUCCCCAGCAGAGGUGGAGGUGACUCAGGAUACCGUUCAGCCCCCUGAGACAUAUGUUGAAGAGUACCCUCCCUACCCUCCACCCCCAUACCCCACUGGAGGAGACCCAGAGAACUUGGUAGAGGACAUUAACAUGCACCCUCCAGAAAUCACAGAGCAAUUCUCUCUUCCUCCAGGAAAGAGAACAAACUUGCGAAAGAAUGGCUCAGAGAGAAUCGCACACGGGAUGAGGGUGAAGUUUAAUCCUCUGGCUUUGCUGCUUGAUUCCUCGCUGGAGGGAGAGUUUGAUCUCGUGCAGAGAAUAAUCUACGAAGUUGAAGAUCCCAGCGAGCCCAAUGACGAGGGAAUCACAGCACUUCACAAUGCAGUGUGCGCCGGUCACACAGAGAUCGUUAAAUUCCUUGUACAGUUUGGUGUGAAUGUAAAUGCCGCAGACAGUGAUGGCUGGACCCCGCUGCACUGUGCUGCAUCCUGUAACAACGUUCAGGUGUGUAAAUUUCUGGUGGAAUGUGGGGCUGCGGUAUUCGCCACAACGUACAGCGACAGACAGACUGCGGCAGAUAAAUGUGAAGAGAUGGAGGAAGGCUACAGCCAGUGCUCACAGUUCCUCUAUGGUGUUCAAGAGAAGAUGGGCAUUAUGAAUCGCGGCGUCCUCUAUGCUCUCUGGGACAAUGAGAGCGACGGCGAUGAUGAGCUGAGCUUAAAGGAAGGAGAUUGCAUGACCAUAAUCCGGCGGGAAGACGAAGAUGAGACUGAAUGGUGGUGGGCACGUAUAGGAGACAAGGAAGGCUACGCCCCACGCAAUCUUCUUGGGCUCUACCCAAGAAUCAAACAGAGACAGAGAAGUUUGGCUUAGAUCAUUCUGCAAUCUUCCAGCCAGGAAACAUCCAGAUGUCACUUGAAGGAAAAUUGACGAUUUUUCCACAAUAAAUGAAGGAUUGCAACAUGCGCUGUGUCAGCGACUGCACAUAUACCCAUAAUGCACCGGACUCUUAAAGGGCCAGUGCAUCUGACUGUAGACUGUCACCAGUGACAGGUAGUCCAGGCUGCUCUCAGCUGGGCCCACAAGCUUCUUUUGACCCUCUCAAUAUUAUUGUUCGAGGUCAUCAUCACUGCGUCCACAGUCCUUCAUCAAUCUCCGUUCCAUUCCAGCAUCCUAUAUGAAGAGCACACAGACCCCAUGUAUGCAUUAUUUUUUUAUGACAUGAAUGGUGGACAUUUUUUAAUUUUUUUUUUUUUCCUCACUAACAUAAAUGUAUACAUUUUACAACUGGACCAUAUAGAUAUAGAGGAAUUCAGUAUUUUACUAAAACAUUAUUAUAUAUUUAUUUUUUUUCUCAUUGCUGGAAAAUGUAGUUUUAGAAAUGCUGUGUAAACUCCAGAGACAAAAAAGGUUUUAAUAAAAAAAACAAAAGUCACAUUGUGA